ACAGAAAGCUCAGCUGUUCACCGUUUACAGAGAGAUUGAGCCGGAUUUGGUAUUUAUUUUUCCUCCAGCUCACCUGCGACCUCACCGCGAUGUCUUUCUGUCAGUUUUUCGGCGGUGAGAUCUACAAGGAUCAUUUUAAACCAGGAAUGUAUGUGUGCUCCAAGUGUAACCAUCCCCUGUUCUCCAGUCGCUCAAAGUUCGCUCACUCGUCUCCCUGGCCGGCGUUCACGGACACCAUCAGAGAGGACAGCGUCACCAAGAUGAUGGAGACGCUCACCGCCUUUAAGGUCCUGUGUGGAAAGUGUGGCAACGGACUGGGACAUGAGUUUGUGAAUGAUGGUCCAGAGGAAGGAGUGUCACGUUUUUGAAUAUUCAGCCACUCGCUCAAGUUUGUCCCCAGCAAAGGAAAGGACAAGCAGUAAAGAGCGAGUUCCGGUCUUUCCUGAAGCUGCUCAGCUACAGGUGCAGCGAUCAGGUCGGGUCAGUGGGUGACGUGGACAGGAGAAAGUCCUGAGAGGGACGUCCUGUCCACUGAGGAAUCUUUGACCAGCUUGAGACACACAUCUCUGCAGAUAUUCCUUUAAGAACAUCUCUGGAACGCCGAACACAUGAACUCUGAUGUCACUCUUUGUAAAAUGUAUCAGCAGAUGCAUGUUAAUGUAGCAAGAAUUUAAACAAAUAAAAGGUCUUCAUUAUAGGCAGUCACUUGCCUCUUAUUGCUGCUAUUUUUUUUUAAUUUCACAUGAUGUAACUACUUUAUUAUUUAGUCUGCUGUACUGAAACUGGCAGAGCGAGUAACUUUCCCAAAGGUACUGUACAUGUAACCAUAUAAUCUAUGCAGCAAAGUCCAGAUAGUCAGUCUGCUGCUUUGCAUGUUGAUUUUAAGAUCAUGCAAUAGCAAAGAAACUCUAUGAAUCUUUAUUUUCUUCCUGUUUGUCACAUACUGUAAGCUGGUUCACGAUCAUUGGCUUAAUUUUUCGGCACCUUUUGCUUGCUCUUAUAACAAGUUUAUUGUCACUUAAAGUAUACUUCCAUGAAUUUUGUUUUACCUUCCAUUGUUUGUGUUUUGAUGCUUGUAUUAAAACAAAAACAAUAAAUUAUAUUUGAUAGAUUUUU